GCUCCGCGGCCCCGCCCCUCGCGGCCUCUCGCCUCCUCUGCUGCGGCCUUGUCCCCAGGCUUUCCGACUGCGCUCCCCGGGCCUGCGGACCGAGGGCGACGGGCCGGCCGGCCGGAUUGGGCCCAGGCCCGCCCGCCCGUCCACCAUGGAGGGAGAGGGAUCCGUUGCCCGCGGUUACCAGUCCGCUAGCCCGCCCCGGGACGCCUGCACCUACAGCAGUUGCUAUUGUGAAGAAAAUAUCUGGAAGCUUUGUGAAUACAUAAAAAACCAUGACCAAUAUCCUCUAGAAGAAUGUUAUGCCAUCUUCAUAUCUAAUGAGAGAAGGAUGAUCCCAAUUUGGAAGCAGCAGGCCAGACCUGGAGAUGGACCUAUCAUUUGGGAUUACCAUGUUGUUUUGCUUCAUGUUUCAAGUGGAGGACAGAGUUUCAUUUAUGAUCUUGAUACUGUGCUGCCUUUUCCAUGCCCUUUUGACACUUAUGUAGAAGAAGCCUUUAAGUCUGAUGAUGAUAUUCACCCACAAUUUAGAAGAAAAUUUAGAGUGAUUCGAGCAGACUUAUAUUUGAAGAAUUUUGCAUCUGACCGAUCUCAUAUGAAAGAUUCCAGCGGAAAUUGGAGAGAACCACCUCCUCCCUACCCGUGCAUUCAAACUGGAGCUUCAAAAAUGAACCUGAAUGAUUUUAUCAGUAUGAAUCCUGAGGUUGGAUGGGGAGCUAUAUACACACUACCUGACUUUGUACAUCGAUUUGGCAAUAAGAACUGAUUUCUGCAUACGGACAUGGAAAAUGGAAUAAUGCUGGGACACAUAUUUGUUUUUCCUUUUGCAUGAUGUGAAUACCAACACCCUCCAGGUUUGUAAAUAGUGCCCAACGAGAUGGGCACAGAAUUAGGUUUUUCUAUUUUACUUCAUAAAAUUGAAAUUUGAAUGCACACAUGUAAAAAAUUGAAUAAAAGUAUUUUUGUAUAUCAAGAGUUUGUGUGCUUUAUGUAACAAAUAAUUUCUAAGUUAUUCUUGUUGAUUUUUUUCUUGUGCUUAAGCAAAUUUUAUCUUUUUUUAAGGUAAAAAGUUUUGCUAGAUAUUUGAUGUUAGUUGUUCAAGCUUAUUUGGCUUAGUUACACUUUUCUCUUUUCAUCAAAUCCUCCCAGUACUUUUUUCUCCUUUCUUCUCUCCCAGAUAGCUUUUUGAGGACAAGGAUUAUGUUUAAACCAUUUUGUAAUCCCACUAUAGCGAAUUACAAAUAGUAAAGGUCAAUAAACCUCUUUUGAUUUAUAUGAUGUAACUGGAUAAAAGAAGGGAAUACUACAGAAAGAAAAUAAAUUAUAGACUUGUAGAUUGGAAGAGAAUUUAGAUAUAAUCUUAUCUAAUCACUCUGUGAAAUAUAAAUCCUCUAACAAGAAUUCCCAGCAAUUGUUUAUCCUAGAAGCAACCAAUUCAAUUUUUGAGCAGCUUUAAUUGUUAGGAAGUUAUUUAUACUGAGCUGAUAUAUCUAUAUCUAUAUAUAUAUCCUUCUUGAUUCAUAACCUUUUUAGAGUUGUAGUAUUCCCUAGCAUUCACUUAAAAGUAUUAUGUGGUUUACAUAUAAUUAAUGGAUGUUAACAUAACUCUUAGGGUCUAUAAUGGCCUCUUGGAGGUGGAUUUGAUAUUGAAGUAACAGUCCUGAUAAAGAACAAAGGAUACUUUAGUUGGCCCAGGACACCAGAGCUUAUUUUAAUUUUUUGGGAAAAUUUUAUAUCGUGAGGAUAUUUGAUCUCUUUCAACACUUGUGUUCUCUUUAGACAUUGGAUCAGUUAUCUAAUUUAAGUAGUGUAGUUAUGGUGUAGUGGAAAGAGUAUUGGACUUUGAAUUCUAGCCCUGUAUUCGCCACUAACUAGCUUGUUCUCUGGGCCUGAAUCAUAGCUUCUAUAAAAAUGAAGAGGUUGAAUUAGGGAUCUCUUGGCUCCAAUUUUUUCUAAUUUUUCCAUAUCUUGACUUCUACAAAGUCUGAUGCGAAGUAGGCAUUUAUAAAUGCUUAUUAAUUAAUAUUUGUAUAACAGUUUGAAGUUUACAAAGUAUUUUCACAGGUACCAUAUUUGAUAAUUCUAUUGAAUAAGUGAUUGCUGAUAAUGCAAAGCUUGAAGGGAUAGUUAACAAAGUUGACGACAGACUGCAAAAAUAUCUCAAUAGCCAAAAUGUUGGGCCAAAUCCAGUAAGAUGAAAUUUAAUAAUGAUAGAGAGGUAAAAACUAAAAUUAAGUGGGGGGUGGGGAAGACAUUAAAAAAAAAUUAAAAAAUAGCAAUUUUCCUGAAAAGAGAUCUGGAAUUUUAAUAAACUGCAAUUUCAGUAUGAGUUAACAGUGACACAACAGCUACAAAACAAGAGAAUUAUAAGAAUUAGGAGAUAAUUAUUCUACUGCCCUCCAUUACUUCUGGAAUAACGUGUUAAUUCUUUGUGUUUACAUGCAUAGUUUACAUGCAAAGAACAUGUAUAAGCUGGAGACUAUCUAGGGGAGGAAAACUAGGAUGGCUCAUGCCAUUUUGAUGAUUGGUAGAAGGACCUACAGAUGAUUGCCUAUAUCCUUUGGGGAAACAAAAUUGUUUUCAAGUAUUCAAAGGGUUAUAAUAUGAAAGACUUGUAUUGUUUACCCCAAAGUCUAGGAGUAUGGUUGGAAGUUGCAAAGAAACACAUUUAACUUCAGUGUUGGGAAAGAUGUCCAACAGCUAUCCAGAAGUGAAGUUGUCUUAAAAUGAGUUAGUGUUUUUUCAAUUUAAAUUUUGGGAUUUGUAUAAUAAGUAGGGAACAGAGUCAGGACUAAGGUGUUCUAACCAUAAGUCUUUUAACUCAGAGUUCAGGGUCCUUUUCCUGUACCACGCUGCUGCUUAGGCUGAUCAGAAUGCUAUUCAUUGUACUAUACAGUGUCUUAGAAUAUUUUUUGGGCCACAAGCAAUUUGAUUGAAAGCUUAAUUUUUAUGGUUUAUAAAAAAUGUUGGCCUAGUUUCUUUACACAAUUUCACACUUUUAAUACCUGAUGACUAAUGAUCCAGGUCCAUAUUUUAGGGAUUAAUUAUUUUAAGAGUAUUUGAUUUUGACUAUUAUUAAUAUAUUUUUGUAGCAAUAUAAACAUUUAUCAAGUGCCUUCUUUGUGCCGAGACAGUACUACUAAUAUUUAUGUAACAUUAAGUUUGCAAGUAACUUUUUAUAUAUUAUCUGACUUGAACCUUAGAGGUAUUGGAAAUAUUAUUAUCCCCAUUUUCCAGAUGGGAAAAGUAAGGCUCAGAAAGAUUAAUUGUCUUGCCCAUGGUCACACAGUUGGUAAUAUAUUAGAGCUUGGCUUUAAACUCAGGUAUUCCUCCUUCUAUGGCCAGCAGUAUCUAUUAAUUAUUUCACUGUCUAUAUAAAGUGUGGCUGAAAAUAAAGGCGGGAUAAUGAAGUAGCAUCAUAGAAAUAAACAUUUUCUGCAUAAAUUAUGUCAUAGGGUGACUAAGUAUAGCCUGAUGUCUGAAUUAAGGGUUUUGUUCUUUGUUUUUUUGGCAAUCACAAUGGCAGUCUCUUCUAUGCCUGUGUAUGUCUAGUGGACAGAGCUGACUGGUACAAUUAGAAGGACUUUUACCUUGUUUAGUGGCCUUCCCACCCAACCUGUAAUUGACAAAUGUUUGAAAGGAAAGAAUCAAACUUGCUAAUUUUAAAUUAGGAUAUUGUACUGGUUACUCCAUUAACUUAAAAGGUGCUGGGUAUUUAAGCAAAAUCUUUUUGAAAGGCAGCUUAUCCACAUGGAUAAGAAUGUAGGACUCUCAGAGUUAGGAAACUGGAGAUGAAUGGGGGAAUUACUUCAUUUCUUUGAGUGAUAGUACCUAUAUCUGUAAAAUGGGAAUAGUAUAUUAUUUAAACUACCUACUUCAUGAUUAUUAUGUGGAAAGUAUCUUAAAAAACAUUCAUGUUUCUAUAAAUGUGAGGUGUGUUGUUUGUUGUUGUUGUUGAUUUUGUUUUUGUUUUUACAAAAUCCUGUUGCCUUUACCCCCUGAAAGAGUGUAUUUUGAAUGCUAACGUCUAUGCUUUUUCACCCUAUAUGGUUUUAAGAAUUAAAUUCAGCUAGUAUUUGUUAAGUGCCUGUUAUGUGCAAAGGAUUGUGAUGGGUUCUUUUCACCCUUAGAAUUUUUGUAGAAGUACAGUUGAAAGAACCCUUAGAAUUUUUGUAGAAGUACAGUUAAGGCAACAUAUCAUAUUUAUGCCAUUGUAUAAAUUCCUUAUAGAGUACCCACCCAAGUUGUUAGAGGCCCAUUUGAUUAUAUAUUUUGUAGAUGCUGGGAUUGCAUUUAGGCUAUUUAUUAUCCCUUGCUCUUAUUACAUAGGCUAGUUCACCUUGUUUUUAAAAUUUUUUUUGUCCUACAUAUCAUUGAUAUUGCCUUUUACAUAAUUUUUCACAUGAGAAAUAUUCUUGGCAGUAUCCUUUAGCUGUUUAUAUCUGGCAUCCAUAUUUCCAUUUUCCUUUGGGUCAUCUGUAAUUUUGGUUCUUGUGGUAUUUCAUGUUUGUAGCCAAAUAGCAUCCCUGGGAGAAUAUUGGUAGUUAAAAAAUGGGCUUUGGUAGCAAAGAAUAAUUUUCUUGAGAUCAUUGAACUUGCUGUGCAUUUUCUCAAAUGUAAUUUAGCUUACAAAUCCUUCAGUUCUUGCUGAGCUUAUUAUUCAUACAUAUACACAUAUGUAAUACAUAAGUGACUAAUAAUGGGCACAUUAUAAUCUGAACAGUGUUCAUUUUAUUUUGAUUGUACUUAUUGAAAAAACCUUCUUGUAUACUAAGGCUUGAUGAAAUUAGUAUAUCAUCUGUGAAAAGGAGUUUUUGAAGAGCCUUACCAUCUAUAGAGAAUAUUUCCUUUAUUUGGCCUAUAUAUUUUGUAUGUACCUAUUGGUUUGCAUGUUAUCUCCUCUAUUAUAAUUGUAAGCUCCUUGAAGACAGGAA